UACCAUUCCGGUCUCCUUCCCACCCAUGGCUCAGUGGUGCUGCAAAGUGAGCCUCGGAAAAGAAGGUGAAUGCGCCUUCUGCCUCGUUCUCUCACCGCAUUGCCCCGAUCAGGUUGCUGUGUUGCAUGGGCGGCGGCUUGACCUCGUUGUGUCGUAGAUCCUGCAUCCUCGUGCAUACAGUGCUAGUGGUCAGGUGUCUGCAGUGUUAGCGGUGCGCCUGUGCUGGCUGUUGUCCAUCUCAUUCAACCACACCGGCGACACACCGUACCUAGGUGCGCGCCAUCAUGGAGGCGCCUUGGCGAGACCGGUGGCACGCUGCCGUAGCUCUAUUUCUCCUUGUUGCUUCAACACAACUCGGGCACAUCGAUGGCGCAACGUAUACCCUGCUUGGCAGCGCCACCUCAUCUCAGCAGCACCUGCAGUGGUCCGACCCGCAGAACUGGUCACCGCAGGGCAUCCCAGGUGCCAAUGACGAUGUGACGGUAAGCAACACAAACGCCGUCUCCAACUGUCAGCUGCAAGUGACGCGGAAUAUCACCGUCGGUAACCUGACGAUGACGAGCACCAGUAGCCGUGUGUGUCAGCUGUACAUCAUGGCCGGGGUGGGCAUGACCGUCACUGGCAACAUGAACUACUACGCCAACACACUGUGGGUGCUCGGCGUGCUCCGCGUCAACAACCUGGAGUACCGUGGCUCUCAGAUCUACGGCCCGCAGUCGCAGAGCAACACCCAGUACCCGGUCAGGGGACUCGUUCAAGUCACGGGCAACCUGACCGUGCGUCGUGGCUCUUACUCUACCAAGUACUACCGCUACAUUCGCAUCGAGACGCUAGGAAACAGUCUCUUCAACAGUGAAAUGGCCGGUAACAUCCACUACUGUCAAGGAUGCAUGUUUAUCAAUCGUGGAACAUUCACGACGUGCGAAGUGCGAUUUUAUACCACCGGAACAACUCCAGGCGUGGAUUCGGAUGGGUGGAGGUUGGGAUUUAUCAACUACGGAACGAUAGCGUUUCCGAUGACGCGCUACUCAUACCUCUAUUACUACUGGAGUAUGAAGAAUUACGGAACUGUCCAUGUGGGCACCAUGCGUUGGCGUAGCACGUACCGGUUCUACGCACAGAGCUCUCAGUAUGACUGGAUCAACUCAGGAACAGUCAACUUCUACAUGUGCAGCGCCUACUUCAGCUCCAACUCGUUCCGCGGCGCUACGGGCACGGUGAACGUUUUCUCCUCUCCGGCCGUGUGGGGGUCUUACCCGCAGACUCCGUCGUACAGCGGGCAGAACGCGCAGUGGCAAGCUUUCCUGAAGGACGUGUACGGUGACAUGGCGUUCGUGACCAACCCCGGCAGCUACUUCUGGGAUGUGGGCAGACAGACCUACAUCAGCUUCCGCGUGACCACGGGGAGAACGUUUGACUUGGGCAAGCUCAAUACGUACGGCCGAGUGUAUAUCUACUGGCGGGGUGACUACAGCACAUCAACACCGGUAUCCGGUUCUAUUGCUAAUGGCGUGUCUCUCUCCCCGGACACAGAGUUUGUGGCGUACGGUGGCAGGAGUGAUACGACUAUCUCAACGACAGUCCUGACCGUUGGAGGCUCAUCACCGUCUAUUGGCAAGCUGCAGGUAUCUGGCGGAUGUCAGCUGCGCCUGUCCUCAUCCAGCAUGGUCAAAGUCACCGAUCGUGUUACAGUGUAUCAGGGUUCCAUCUUCCAGCUUGCCUCCACUACUCGAAUGGAGUUCUACGGCAAGGUCUACAUCAACAACGGUGGCCAGCUGGCUUUGCUGAAUGGCCCGGCGACUUUCUACAACACGCUGUUUUCAUCUUCGACACUGAAUGCUAGCAACUCGGCUGUAACAACCCAGGGAACGUUCAUCUGGGGCGGUGGGAGUUUGUCUGGUACCGGCACUGGCCGACUAACAACCAGUGGUCCGGCGUACGUCAAGCACAGCGCCACCACUCUGAACAUGGCCGGUGUCCAGCUUGACAUCAGCCGCCAGCCCAUCGCAGCAAGCGGCAAGGUAAUAGCCGAGUAUUUUCAGUAUCGCGUGGCGACGAAUCGCACUCAGCGCCUGUCCUCCAUCCAGUACUGGCCGGGACAAUCCACCUCCAGCUCCACUCUACCAAGUUACUUUGACAACAGCACAGCAAUCCCCGACGUCGCACGUCUAGAGGAUAACGUCCAACGGCCCCCUAGGCUUUACGGCAACUCUCCUCUGGAUUGGCGAUCAACCGCGUAUACAAGCUAUGACUCUGGCAGUCCGCUGAGCUUCACCUACACGUACGCAACACGUAUCUGGUUCUUCUUGCAAGUCGACACUGCCGGUCUCUACUCGUUCUAUGUGAACAAUGGCUACAGCAUUCAGGCCAGGAUCUGGAUUGACGGCAUGGUGAGGUCACCCACCUUCCCCUAUGCCAGAUCCAGCUCGUUCUCUCCCAACUCCAACAAGCCAAUCAACGCAACACUGGCGGCCGGCACUGUGCGUGUGCGCCUCGACUACUUUGUGCGAACAAGUAGCUACUGGAGCACGUACGGAAAGUCUCUGCUCAUCAUGUACGCUGGACCCAAUGUGGCCAAGCAGUACAUUCCAAUGACCAAGGUCUCCUGGAAGCGCACCGUUGGCGGCAAGACGGAAUUUGCCAACCCGGAUGCAUCGGCUAACAUCUCAUCAUCGACCAGCCAGAUGGACGUCGACAACGAGGGCACCAUCUUUAUGACUCGAGGGUCGUCGCUCUCGAUCGGCUCCACUGGCAUCCUGAACGUUCUGACGGAUCUGUCCAUUCUGGGUGAAGUCUCCGCAAGUGGUAGCCGCACUACCCUGACCAAUGCCGGUGUGCUGCGCAAGGAAGGCAGUGCUGGUGUUGCCACUUUCUACUUGGCCUAUUCUGGCUCCGGGCGGCAGGAGUACAACGAGGGUAAAAUCGAAUUCCCGACCGGUGCCAAGGGCGUCAUCAGCUGGACCAACGCUGCCGGUGGUAGCUGGCAGGAUGUGAACAACUGGUCGCCCAGCAGGAUACCAACGGCUAGUGAUAUUGUUCUGAUUAAUCUUCAAGGUGACUUCAAGGUGAUCAUCACCGGCACUGCGCAGGCUGAGAGUGUCUUCGUUGGUGACGGAGGUACCAGCACCCCUAACCUUGUUGUUAGUCACUUCGCCAAGCUGACCAUCUCCGAUCGGCUGGAGCUUCACUCGCCAACGCUCUCGCUGAAUGGAGAGCUCGACGCGGCCAAUGUUGUGUGGACAGGACAGUACAUCACCGGCACCGGCAAGGGCUGUGUGUUCACGUCCAGGAACAACUUUGCCAUGCUGGCAAGCGGCUUCACUACAAAGUACUUCCGGGAUAUUGUCUUCCAGAACAUGGGACUGUUCAGCGUGGACGUGACAAUGGCCAGGGGACGGCUGUACUGCGCCGGCUGCAAGAUCAACAACACGCCGUCCGGCCAGAUCCUCACUAAUGCCAUGUACUUCUACUGGCAGACAGGAUCGUGUACGGCAGCGUCGCUGACCACUGCGCCCGGUGGAUCGGCCACGGAUCCAUGCGCGCAGAGCGGUCUGGUGAACAGCGGACUGGUCACGGUGGAGAUGUACGACAGGAACGCCUACUGGUACUACAUGCGCGUCUACGGAACCGGUGGCACAAUGCGUGCUAUCACAGUCUACUGGGGUCGGACAUACACAUUCUACAUUUACUAUCCCUACAUGGUCGGCGGUACAAUGCAGACGUACAUGGCCAAUGUGAACAUUCGCUACGACAGAAAUCCGUACAAGCUGCAGUUCGACAAGAUCCAGCUCUACGGCGUCAAGCUAUGGUACGGCAGUCGGCCGGGCACGUUGGGAUUCAACACGCGCGGUGCCAGUGCCCAGCUCAUACAGACAGUAUAUCAGAAUACCAGUGUUCCGUACGACAUCUCGCGCUCCACUUCCUUCUACUUCUACAGCUUGGGGGGUAGCAGCAGCACUUUAAACGACGUCACGGUAGGCGAGACCACUGCUGAGGGUCGAGUUAUUCUCUACAUUAGCCAGAUGUACUAUAGCCGGAUCAUGUUCACCAAGUCCAUCAACAUGUCUCCCUGGUCCUCACUCAAUGUACAAGACCUGGGCAGUGGAUGGGUGCAGGUGUCCCUUGCUCCAUCAACGACUGUCGGUUCUUUGAAUGUCGGUCAGCGGUGCUAUUGUGAUCUUCCAGGCCCGGUCAAGUUUGUAAGCACGUACAACGUCAUUCUUCGCAACAAUGGUACGCUAGCGCUGAGUGAUGACAACGUGCAGCUGAGUAGCUUGGCCGUCUCCACGGGUGGAAAACUGACUACAACUGGAAGCUCUGGGGUGCUCUCCAUCGCGGAUACGGUGACCACGUACGGGUCCGUGGACUUUGGCGCUGCAGUUGCAUCGGUGUCCGGCUUCUGGCGUCUUCUCGGUGGCUCUCUGGCUGCACAGAAACUGUCCACAACCGGUCGCUGGAGCAUAGCUGGAAACAGUGACAAGACGUUCAACGGAUUGACAGCAAGCAUCCAGCAGCCAACACAGCUCACUGCACCACAAGCGCAGCAGAAGGGUGUGUUCGUCGAGUACUUCCAGAUGCGCAUCCGAAACAGCCUCAAUCCAACACCGACCGGAACACCGAGUAGUUUCCCGCCGUUCACCGGGUUUGAUGAUGCCGCCACCCGGCCCAUUAUGUGGAGAUUUGAGGAUGACAUCAGUCACGAUCAGCGCUCUCCCAGCUGGGCUCCUAUGGACUACCAGACAAACGGCAAUGUGAACACUAGUUCUCCGUAUACGUUCCAGUACAACUUUGCCGUGCGCUACUGGACUUGGCUGAACGUUGCACAGGCCGGCACGUACAACUUCACUUUCUACUCCGACUAUGGCAUUAGUGCGCGGCUGUGGCUUGACGACAAGGUGGUGAUGACGGCUGGUUUCUACUCCGCUAUCUACUCCAACACGUUGUCCCGUCCCAGAACGUCAAUGGCGCUGACUCAAGGCUUCCAUCGCCUGCGCCUCGACGUCCUCCAGCGAUCCUCAUCCUACAGCACACGCAACGGCCUGCUUGUGUACAUGUCUGGUCCUGGAUUGCCUGAUGGUCGGCUGCCUAAGAACCUACUGUUUGUCAAUGCUCCACCGGUUGGCUCAAGAGUACUGCAGUAUGCUCAGCCCGCGUUCAAUGCCUCGCUCGCCAAGAACAACUUUGCCGCCAGCAUAUCCGGUGGUGAGAUCUUUGCCUGGAACACUGCAGCGCUAACUGUGAGUCAGCAGGCAUUGCUGGACAUUCAGUCGGACGUGUCUUUCCUGUGCUACUCAACUGUGCCGUGUAGCCUAGUGAACUAUGGCACACUGCGGCGAAGUGGUGGCUUUGGCCCGGCUCAGCUCUACACGACGUACGACAACAAAUCCGUCGGCGUUCUGGACCAGCGGGUUUCAUCGAUCACGUUUGUACAUCCGCAAUCCACCACGGGACGUAUCACGUGGGUGUCUCAGACGAGCGGCUCCUGGGAUAACGCGUCUAACUGGGUACCGCAACGUCUGCCCAGACCUGACGACGUCGUGCUGAUCACUGUGCCGGGAUCGUACGUCGUAACCAUUCCAGCCGCAUACAAUGUCAACGUCACGUCUCUGCUGGUGGGCGACUCCAGCAGCAGCGUGUCUCUGCUGGUCUCGCACUUCACUACCCUGACCGUCACUGAUCGGCUGGAGAUGCGCGGCGACUCUGUGACCAUCUACGGCUCGAUUGACGCGGGCUCCGUCGUGUGGAGUGGCAAGACUAUCCAGGGUAGCACUGCUCUCAGCAAUUCUGGUCAGCUGAUCGUCCGCAAGACCAUGCUAGUCACUGGUUCUCUGGUGACGACCAAGUACCUGACGACCGUGACGAUCAUGAACUACGGCACGUUCACGCAGGACAGUGCAAUGUACAACGGACGGCUCUACUGCUCCAGUUGCGUAGUGAGAAACAUGGCCGGUGCUACUGCCUUCCUCACCACGCGAUACUUCUACCUCACUGGUGCGUCCACCGCCGACGCGACCGGCUUCCGCGCUGGAUUUGAGAACUACGGUACGUUGGUGAUGCGCCCGCCCAACUCCUACGUGUAUAUCUACUGGGAUGUGAAGAACUAUGGACGAGUGGUGACCAUGCCGUGGUAUUACUUGACGCAGCCACGCAUCUACGCGUACAGUGUAUGGGUCAACUACGGCACAGUGGACAUCUACCUGACCAACUUCUACAUCUACAGCGGCUUCAAAUCGCCGCGCUCCACCGUCACGCAGAACGGCGUCCUGUACAACACAGCCAACAGCUUCUGGAACAUGUACUCCCGGCCGGUUGUGUACAACACUGGCUCCAUCCGAGGCAAUCGCAUGCUCACCAUGUGGCGGGAGUGGCUGGAGGACGUGUACCAGAGCGGCCUGUACGACGGCUCCCGCUACUGCUAUCUACGCUUCCAGAACCUGCGCACCAGCAUGUACUUUGGCGAGGUGACCACAAAGGGAAAUGUGCAGAUUUACAAUUACUACUCGUAUGGCUCCUACAAUGUCUCUAUGCAACGGCUGGACAUGGAUCCGAGCGGCCAACUCUAUCUGUACCGUGUUAGGAGUUCGUCCUACCGCACAAACAUUGUUCUGCAGUCGUCGUACAAGCCCCAUCGCGUGGCAUUCGUCUACUCUUACUACUACAGUGGUCUGAUCGCCGAGGGUGACACUAUCUUCAACUCCGGCGUGUCACUGAAUUACUAUGGUCAGUUGAGAGUGGAGCCUAACAAUAUGGCCGAAUUUCAGCAGUAUGUUGUGAGCCAGUCCUCAUCCACUUUGACUAUUGCAAACGGACCAGCUCGCUUUUACGAUCAGCUCCGUAUGUACAGCGGCACCUUCAACCUUCUGGGUAGCAGAGUGACCAUGCUGAACAUAAUGCAAUGGGGCUCUUCCACCAUUACUGGCAUCGGUGGAACACUGGUCGUGACGCGGGAUUCGUCGCUGACCUCAAGCAGUCGCCAGUUGCAGGGCGUCAACCUAGUGAUCGAUGGCAUGACCGUAGACGGCACACAGCGUGGCUUCAUUGCCGAAUAUUUCCGCGGUGUCGGCACGCAGCGCUAUUUCUAUGACGAGAGCACCAGCUCCAGGCUAAGCUCAAGCUUUGACAACCCAACAUCUACGCCAAACUUCUAUCGUCUAGAGAACUAUGUCCAGAGACCCGCCACCUACUACGGCAUAGCACCCAAGUAUAUCAGCCCUGGCGGAAGUAGCUUCCAAACCAGCACAAGUCUUUCAUUCUCUUACGACUAUGCUACAAGAUUGACAUCCUAUUUGAAGGUACCAGCGACGGAUAGCUACACAUUCUACUUCCAGAGUGGCUAUGCUACGCGUGCACGUAUGUGGAUCGAUGGGGUGGUCAGAUUCACGAGUAAAACGUCGCUGAUUAUCCCCUCAGCAGCCGGUGAGACAUCCAGUGCAGUGAUGCUGACAGCUGGCUUCCACUUGCUUCGUAUUGAUCUGUUGCUUGCCAGCAGAAGCUAUCUGUCAACGAAUGGUGCCAUGCUGUCUGUUCAGUGGUCCGACAGCUCUCUUAGCAAACAGGACCUGCCAGUCUCUGCCCUCUAUCCGUUCAUCCGGAAUGCAUCAAGCUUCCAGGCUGCCGCUGCGUCGCUCAACUACCAAGAACCAGUUUAUGAUGUGUGCGAGUCCAACCUGACGGUCAGCCAGGCUUUGCAGCGGCCGUUCUCUUACAGCCGUUUCCGCGUCACUGGCAGCUUGUCUACAACCAGGAACGGUCGUAUCACCGUUGGUCAACGCGGUACUCUUGAGUUGCAGUCUAGCACCUCAUGGCCUCUGAGCAGUACCCCAUCGCGCAUCUCACUCUAUGUGGGCGGACAGGUGAUUCGCACAGCCGGCUCAGGCCUACUCAAUCUCAACACACUCUACAACAUCAGUGACUCCGGCUGCCAGUCGGCCACCUCGGGCAGCCUGGAGCUUGGCGUCAAUGAUGCCGGGGCAACUGCGCCUACGGUUAGCGGCACAGGCACUGUUCCAGUCCCGUCAGUUGGGACAACAGUGCCUCCAACUUAUCCACCAGGCAAGACGGUGACCUGGAAUGGAACUAGAUCAGGCUCUUGGAACGAUGCGUCUAACUGGAAUGUUCGGGUGCCCAUGGGUAACGAUGAUGUCAUCAUCCCUAGAAUGUCGUCCACGUUCACGGUGACCAUCUCGGCGGACGUCACGAUUCGCAGCCUGACUGUGGGCAGCACUAGCCAGACUUCCUAUGCGUAUCUGUCCGUGUCGCGCGGUGCAAGCCUGACCGUAAGUGGCACGGCUCGUCUGAACAGCUACCGGACAUACGUGUAUGGUGUAAUGACGGUUGGCCGCCUGGAAUGGUCUGGGUAUUAUCUCUAUGGCAACAACAAUGGUGUACUGAAUGUUCUCAGUUCUGGGACAAUCCGUAGGGCUUUGUAUAGUUCCAAGUACUUGCAGCAGAUCCAACUUUUCAACUUUGGAGCAUUCACUAUUGACUCCAGCAUGGAUACCGGCUACCUGUACACCAGAAACAGUCAUAUUGUCAACGAUGUGGGUGCUACGCUCAUUACCAACGGUAUGCAGUGGCGUGUUUCCAGUGCAUCCUUCCCUGGCAACACUCUCAGCACCGCUGUGUACGACGACGGGCAGCCCAAACAUCUGACGAACCGCGGCAACUUCACCAUGGUUCUUGGAGCUUCUUCCCGCACGAGCACGUACAUGUACUGGGCGAUUGGCAACUACGGACGUAUGAGCAUUGUCAAUGCUCGCUACCAGUCCAACACAUAUGUAUACUGGUACUCCCUACCUGUACGCAUGGGCCGUUUCGACAGCUAUUUUGCAUCACUUAAUUUCUUCGCACACGCGUCGUAUGGUCCCACGCCGGAUCAAGCCCUUGCCGCCUCUGACAUUCGCGUGCGCGGCAUGCCAAUGCUGCGAGUUCCGUUCACACGGCCCCGCUUGCUCAACAUUGCCCUCUACCAGACAUACCUGGAUGCUGUGUACGCUAACGCUACUUCACAGUGGGAUGUUUCCGUCACCGUCUACUGCCGUUUCUAUAACAUCCGUAACAGUGUGGCGGUCAUCAACAGGAUAUGGUCGGAGGGUCAGGUCGCUGUCCAAUUCACAUCUUGUUACUCCAGUCGACUCAGUAUGACUAUUGCGCAGGAUAGGCAGGGUUACGUAUCUCUUGGAAGCAACAACAAUGGUGCAAACACCCUGGAAUUGUCCAAUAGUGCCACCACUGGCUCAAUGGACAUCAGCUCUGGAUGGCUGUUGACCAUGCCUGCUACCACCGUUAGCAACUUCAUCUACCUGAGGGGAACGCAGAACUGCCAGGCCAACUUGAACACGACGAGCGGCACCCUGCAGCGUCUCUUCAUUGCGCAGGCAUGCUCACUGACGCUGAGGUCCGCCAGCCUCUCUGUUGCCAUCAUGGACACGUAUGGCACUCUUGCCCUACAGGACAGCAGCAACCUGGCAGUUAGUGAUCUAUUCCGCUGGUCUAGUGGCAUAUUGCGAGGCACUACUGCAUCACCGAAGCCACGCAGUCAGAUCGCGUUGGCCGGCUACGUUAAUAUCACUGGCUUUGAUCUGAAAACGCACGACACCGUCGACGUAGUCUUCGCCGCCAAUGCCGCAGUAACGACGACUGCGAAUGGAGUGGUGGCUCAGUACUUCAACUACUUGAAGCCAGCGGACAACAACACCGCUGUUCCAACUCGACUCUACUACUUCCCAAGCACUGAUGGAAAUCUCGGCGCUGGCUACUUGCCGGAAUCAUUCAACUCUCCAGCCGCGCCAGCUGUGUUCCAACGAGUGGAAGCAUCGCUUCAGAGGCCAGCCGCCUACUUCUCUAACUGGUAUGGUUUGUUCACCAGCACGGGUGGUUAUGACUACACAUCUGACCUGUCCUUCAGCAGACUGUAUGCCGUACGCUUGCUGUCCUACGUCCAGAUAACGGCCGCUGACGAUUACGUAUUCUACCUGCGUUACAACUACGGCCCGGCCCGCCUCUGGAUUGACGACAAAGUCAUUGUCACUGGGCCAAGGUCCGCCAGUAUCAACUACGACUAUGCAUCGAAUGCCACGCGCCUCGGAGCCGGCUACCAUAAGAUCCGCGUUGACAUGAUCGUGGGCACUACCACUCACAACGUGUACGGUUCCAACGUUCUGGUGUCCUACUCGUCGUCGACCCUUGAAAAGCAGCUCAUUCCCGACAGUCGACUAUUUGUGUAUGACUCGUCAACGCCAACGCCAACGCCAAUUUCACCUGCCCUCCAGGCCAGUGGAGCAGUGGCACAGCGUGCGGUUGUAGCCACCGAGGCCAUCCUUGCACGUGGAGGAGCAGGAGUCAUGAUCCAGGCCAACUGCCAGGUCUUCUUCUCCGGUGAUACGUUCUGGCUGAGCACUGUGUCGGCCGGCCAGACUACCAGCAACAUGGUGUUGCAGGGCACGCUGACCAAAACCGGCGGUGGAAUCUCCACGUUCUUCCUGGGCAAUCCGCAAUCGGGCGGGGUUCUGCAGCAGCUCGAUGGCGUGGUCAACUUCCAAACACCAACCAUCCUGAAUUCUCCUGUCUUCUGGAACAACUCGGCCGGUGGACUGUGGACGGAUCCGGGCAACUGGUCACCAAACCGCGUGCCAACAGCGUCUUCGAUUGUCUUCAUUGACCUGCCGGGUGCGUACACCGUGGUCAUUACUCCCAAGCUGACGGUCCAAGUCGAAGACUUGAUCGUGGGCGGCGUUGGCGUUUCGGCUCAGCUCUUCGUUGCCUCCAGUUCUAGGCUCGUGGCGAACGAUCGUCUUGAUUUGAUCGCAUCCACAUUCAACAUUCAGGGAACUGUAGACGCUGCCCGUAUUACGUUUGGUGGACGGUACCUAUCUGGAAGCGUUGCAGGCAGCGGUACGCAGAGCACUCUGAUUGUGCGCAAAUCUCUCAGUCUGCUCUCUACCGGCUCCAGCAGUGUGUACUUCCAGAACAUUCGAAUCCAGAACCAGGGUGUGUUCACCAUCGGCUCCAGCUCGCGCGACAUGACCGUCUACUGCCAGGCGUGCUCGCUGGUCAACACGGGAACGCUCAUCCUGGAGCGCGCCAGCCUGAGGGUCACCGGGGCUUACCCUGCGUUCGAUAGCAACAACUUCAGACUGGGCCUGCAAAACAUGGCGGGCGCCACGGUGUACUGGCUACAUCGCAGCUAUCGCACGCAGUAUUGCUACUGGGACAUUCUCAACCGCGGCGCAAUCAACAACGUGGGAGUUGGUAGUUACUCGUACAGAUAUCGUGUCUACAUGUACGGCACCAUCACCAACUUUGGCUCCAUUACGCUGUAUAGCAGCACCAUGUACGUAUACGGCUCCAGUUCGAGCUCACGCUCGCUGCAGCUGGGCACUGGUUCCUUUGCAGUGUACGGUGCUCCGGUUUGGAACACAUCCAUUUCCAGCUCUCAACCGACGAACCUCAGUCCUCAGCAAUACAUCAAUCUGAUCUACUCUGGUCUCAGUAAUGUAGUGACAUCAACAUUCUGGGAUCGCAGUGGACAGGCUUCGCUCUACUUCCAGUCGUUCUACUACACGUCCGUCAUGCUUUCUAGCAUCAAGGCCGUCGGUUAUGCUCGAGUCCAAUUCUCAAACUCGUACUACUCCAAUUUCACGGUGACGUCUUCGCUGGACCUGGGCUAUUUCACAAGCUUGCAGUUCUAUGGUACAUCGAGGGGUACUGCUAGAUUCAGUGCUAACAGCGUCACAGGCUUGGGGUACUUCUACAACAGUGGGUACUGGUCGGUCAACCUGGACUCUGGCAAUACUGAUCUGCAAGUGUAUGAUUUCCUGAGCCUUAGGGGCAAUGCUUCCGUCACUUUCAGCUCGAGCUCGUCAACUGGCAGGGUUUCGUUCCGCCGUGACGUGUUCAUUCCGUCGGGCACUGCCGUCACCUUUUCAAGAGUCCAGGUCACUUUCAACCGCCGCUUCCUGAACGCGGGCUCAGUCACGCUCAUGAAUGCCGGUGGUGUCGUCUGGGGUGAGUUUGCCUGGAGCGGAGGCAAAUUGAUUGGCUCGUCAUCCAGCAGCUCUUACUUAACACUUUCGGGCGGCUGUACUGUGAAGGGAACCGGUGCUCGUACUCUUGAUGGAAUUAACCUGGGCAUUAAGAAGCUUGCGCAGCCGUCAAAGAACGGGGUGAUCGCUGAGUACUUCAAGUACCAACCGGGUUCUGGUGAUGAGGACGACUUUGGCCCCUUCGCAGGGCUUGUGGCUGCUAAUGCGUACCAAUACUGGCAGGCUAAUAGCAGCCGCUGUACUGAGGACAAUAAUUGUGUUCCCGCGUCGUUUGAUGACCUUAGCACACAAGCAGACACGGUUCACCUGGAGAAAUCACUCGGUGUGCGUCAGUCAGCCGAGUACCAGGGCCCAGUUGCCUUCUCUUCAACGGGCGGCAUUGACUACAACAACGAUCUUACGUUCACCUACAACUAUGCCACACGUCGGCUUGCCUACCUAUCUAUCACUACCACUGGUAUGUACCGCUUCACCAUGCUGGCUCAAUAUCGCAUUCCUCGCAUAUGGGUAAACGGUGAUGUCAUCUUUACAGCCACUAGCUACUCCAGCUCCGGUUUCCCCGCGCAGCAGACACAGUUUGUUCAGCUCUCCGCCGGGUACGUCACGAUCCGGGUGGACGAGAUCGUGAGGUCCUCCGCCUCGGGUGGUUCCAAGGUGUACUACGAGGGUCCCGGCGUUCCGUUCCAGCCCGUGCCGCUUGCCAAGCUCUACUACCGGAACCCGGUCACCAACACACUGGUGUCUAGUCAGUGGCAGAUGCCACUCAUCUCCGUGUGUGCUCUGGCUGAUGACAGUCUGACGAUCAUGGCAAACAGUGCAGUGCUCAACGUCAGUACAACUGGACUGCUCAACGUGCAGACCGAUGCCGUGUGGUAUUCGAACGACAUCGCUAACAAGCCAGGCACGGUGGUCAACGCUGGUCUGAUCUCCAAAACGGGCGGUGUUGGUGUAGCAGUGUUCCUAGCACAAUACAGACAGAUAGGCCAGGCAGCUGUCCACUCGCAAGUCAAGUUCUUUGGCCAAUCUAGCUCUACCGGCGUUCUCUUCUGGGUGAACCCCAACGGUGGACUCUGGUCCGAGGCCAGCAACUGGAUGCCCAAGCGAGUCCCGACCGCCAAUGACUACGUGUUCAUCACGGAGCCUGGCCAGUACAAGGUCGUCGUUGAUGGCACGGGUGGUCAGGAAUGCAAGCAGCUUGACGUCGGUGCCAGCGACGCCGAUGUCACUUUCACCAUUGAGUACUUCUCUUCGCUGACCGUGUCGGCCACGCUGUACCUGAACACCAAGGACGCACUGCUUCAUGGUAACCUGACGGCCGGCACCAUCCAAUGGGCCGGCUCUAGCAUCACUGGUGACCCGCACUCGGGAAGCUCUGUGAUUGUCACCGCCACCAACGGCUUCACGGCCACCACCACAUCCUACAGCACGCGUACCCUGCAGAACAUUCAACUGACAAUGGGUGGAUCAUCCGUCUGGAAUUCUAACAUCUAUCGUGUGUACAUAAGCGGUACAAACAUCACUGUCCUAGCCGGCGGAGUGUUGAACUGGCCGGUCCGCUACUUUGGCUCCUCCCGUAGCAAUAACUUCCAGCAGGGUUUGAUAAACUAUGGAACAGUGUACUUUGCUACGUCCAGCUCUUCAUCAUACAUAUACGAUGGAAUUCUCAACUAUGGUUCAAUUUACCUAGGCAGGAGUUGCGUGACAUCAUCGUCGAACUUCUACAUCUACAGCUAUUUCGCCAACAUGUCCCCUGUCAGUAAGAUGCGAUUUCAUAAUGCGUACGUUCGCUUCUACUCAACCAUCGUUCUGCCAAGCAAUGCCCGUGGUACCAUUGAAAUGUGGGGAGGCCUUUACUGGCCGUUCGGUAACAUCCCAACCAAUUGCGACAGCACAAGGUAUUCGCAGAGUCUUGCCACCUACUACAAUGUGACACGCUAUGACGAACGCUUCAGAGGUUCAGGGCUGAUGUGGGAUACAAGAUCCACCCGCUACAUGUAUAUCAACAGUCUUCCACGGAACACAAACCUCUCAUCUAUUGUGACCAGAGGUCGUGUUGAAGUUCGCGUCUACUCGACCAGCCGCAAUGUCACGUUCAAUACCAAGUUAGACAUGGACUCUUUAGGCCUUCUCAAUAUUUACUCCAGCCGCGGAAAUUUUGUGCGCUUCCCUGAAAUCCUGAACGUUGGAACAAUGCGCAUUCAAUCGGGCUCCACUCUGAUAUUCCCCGACGCUAUGCAGAUGCAGGUCGGUGCGUACUUUGUCGUGCAGCAAGGCGUCACAAUGAAGUUCAACCGCGCUGUGCUGAACUUCAACGGCGGCCUAAGCGUCACAACGCGUGGCAUGCUGAAUCUGGAGAACACGCAGCUCAACGUGGAUAGCAACCUGUACUUGAAUGGAGGGAUGUGGUUGAAAUCUUGCACUGUCGACUUUGCGCACGAUGUACUGUGGGCCCCGUCCGCCACCAUCAAUGGUAGUGAUUCCUGGAUCUACAUCCGCCGGCGUGUGCGCUCCAGCUUGCCAACAGCAUCAAAUCCACAUCCGCGUGGAAAACGGCAAACGGCGGCGUCCUCGUCACUGCCGUUGAAUCUUGGCGGAACAAACAUGCGCAUUGUGCUGGAAGGACAGGUAGAGCGUCCAUCACAGUCCAGAGGUGUCCUUGCUGAAUACUUCCAGUAUCGUCUUGGUCCCGACAGUCUCAGCUCUAUUGGUGGAUUUUAUAACGACUCCACAAGCUCCAACCUUGUACCGGAAAGCUUCAACGACCCGAGAACAGAGCCUACGUAUAGCCGAAUUGAGCCCAGCGUCAGCUAUGCGCCUACCUAUGGUGGCCAUUCUCCUCUGGCUUACUCUGCUACAGGCUCUGGCUAUGACUCUAACAGCAUGUUUACGUUCACCUAUAACUUUGCCGUGAGAUACACGUUCUUCGUCAACAUCCCGGUGACCAGCUCCAACUACAAGAUCUCGUUCAGUGGGCCGUACUACACUACUCGUUACGUACGCGUCUGGGUGAAUGAUUCCAUGCCGAGCGCGACGAUUCGCACUGCCAGAUUCCCAUCAUCGUCAUCGGUCAGCAACAUCUCGUUCAUUAAGGGCUACAACAAGCUGCGUAUUGACGUCAUCCAGCAGUCAUCCUACUGGGACACGAUUGGUAACAUGCUGUACGUGAACUACGAGCUGCCUGGCAUUCUCUCCAAGACGCUGAUCUCCAAUCAGAAUUCAUACUACCGCCAAUCGCCGUACUGGACUGGCGAAGGCUCGCCCUAUCCGGCGCCGUCGUUCCAAGCGCUGACCACACCGGCGUGCGAGUACACUUCUCCCAACACCACGUACGACCUGUGCAACAGCGUGGACGUCGGGGUCAGCUGCUGGCAGAUGAGUGGCGGCAGCUACAUCAACUCGACCGACGGUCCGUCGAUCUGGGUGACGCCGACCGGUGUACUGGAUGUAUCCAGCACGACCAGUUGGACGUACAAGAAGACUCGUCUCUCGCUGCUCAACAGUGGAGUCAUCGUGCGCGACAAGGGACUGCCAAAGAUUAAUCUAGAGACGCAGUAUGCGACGUCUGGCGGGUGCAGUCUCCUGGAGGCUGCCGGAGAUGAUUCCACCAUCGACUUUGGCAUCGCCGGAGUGGCAACAUUCCCGCCGACCACCGAGCCGCCGCCGACGCUGCCACCACCGACAACGCCUCCACCUGUGCAGGAGCGAAGUCCAACAACUUGGACUUCGGACGACGUCCAGCAAUGGAUUGCCACUACUAGCGGCGGAGAGUUUGCUCCGUUGGGCAAGUUCUUCCGUGACCUAAGCGGAAUCGAGCUGCUCAAGCUGUCCCGUGAGGACUUCAUCAAACGAGUGCAGGCGUCCAACCCUGAGCUCGUCGACCUCGCCCAUCAACUCUACGACAUGCUCGACGCACAGGAGAAGAAAUACGGCACGCCGGAGGCUAACACAUCGUCUAAUUCUACGGGUGUAGCCGUCGGAGCUGCUGUUGGAGCCGCCGCCCUCAUUGUCAUCCUGAUUGUCAUUGUGGUGCUGGUGCGCCGCAAGAAGGGCAGAGACACUGGCACUAUCACGUUCAACGGCCAGCGCUCCAAGCGUCUCUCCGAGCAGCCCGUUCUGGAAGUGGAGAACCCCGGCUACAUGACCCAGAGCACAUCGGUCAACGCAGACACGUCCGCCAUGCCGCGCAGCAGCAUGCUAGAGCAGAUGAAGCGGCAGCCGAGCUACGACACGGCCAGCUCGGAGAAACUGCAGCUCGCCAAGGGAGAGGUGCUGUAUGAUGACGUUGGAAACCCGGAUGAGCAGAUCUACGAGGACAUGGGAGCCGAACCUGGCUCCUACGCAAACCAUCCGAGCCGAAUGGACCAAGGCGAUGUCUAUGAGGUUAUGGGUUAGAACAUAGACUUGACUUUCAGCUUCGAAAUAUCCUCUCUCAAUGGUUGAAAACUAGAACUGUUUAUUCUUCACACUAUAAAUUAAUCCUUGGCUCUCGAUCAGAGUCUAUUUUUACACUGCAUGCUGUUAGCUUUCCACUAAUAUUGUAUAGCUCGCGUUGCCCGGAGCAGGGUGUGUAGAUUUACUUCAUUGCCUACCUUUAUCCAGUUCCAUCAGAUUGAAAUGCAUUCUGUUCUCUAGUAAUUUACACCAGGUGGGCGAGUUGUGUCCAGAAAACUUAAUUGCCGACUUGUCAGGUUGUCUUUCUUCUUCAUGAUGUUCACCGGCAACCCGCUUUCAGCCACAACUUUACAAAAUUAAUACUAUUCCAUAGCACUGUUUCCUGUGCCAUCCGA